AUGAUCUUCAAGCCUUGUAGACAUUGUAGUCCAUGUGGUAGCAUGCUUGCGACACUUUUUGCGCAGCCUUGCCAGGAACUUGCAAAGUCCAAGAAGAUCUCUGCAGCUGCUGGUGGCGUCUGGGGCUCCUCAACCGAGGCAGAGUCUUCCAAAAGUGCUGGAAAGAAAUGGCGAGAAGAGGUUUGCAGCUACCUCUCAUCACCUCGCGAAAUGCAAAUAGCAGGUACUUUCCACAUCGUGGACGCCAGGGAUUUUGCAAAAGAACUGGCAGACUUUGUACCUUCAGACUUGCUGCCCGCGGACCAGCUUAGCAUCUCGCAGAGGUUGGAUGAACUGCGCGCACAGGGUGUCAAUUGGCUUUCGCCAGAUGAUGCAUUGAUCCAAGAUGAGGUGCUCCGUGCAAAUCCAGCUCACUAUGUCUUGGUGGUGGCAGAUUGCUCCAAGUUGACCUUGCAGAACCAAGGGAGGUCCUUUCACGACUUCUAUGUUUCCUCUUUUGUCGCACAACAACGUCGAGACUUCCUCAAAGAGAAGCUUACCCACGACGCCGAGACUGCAGCAGCCAGAAUAGAACAGCCAUCCACGCCAAAGAUUCGCGUGCUAAUGGCAGAUGCUGAGCAGUUCUACCAAGACCAGGAGUUUUGGAGGCUUCUUUGGGCGUGCACUGAGUGA